UUACAACGAAGUGCUUUACGACAGAGUUGGAGGCUUAUUCAAAAUGGAGUCCGGCUGUGGAAACGCAACCUACUAAAUGCAGUUGUAUCGUAUCUUAAUCACAAGUGUGUGGAAUUGCGUGUAAAGAGUUCAUGUAGACAAGACAUUACGUAGCGCUACAUGAUGACUGAAGACAAAAAGACCGGCUCUUUAGGUUUCUUUUCGAGCUACGACGAUUUGAGCGACAGCAGCGAUUCAGACGAAGAGGCGAAGGGCGGCCAGGGAGAGCGGAGCCAGAAGCCGGAGAAAGACUCUCAGGAAAGCGAACCUGACUCUUCCCGGUCAGGGAGCAAACGGGCUGCCGGUGGAAGUGUUCUACCGAAGCCAGAUGAGCUCUUCAGCUCGGUGUCCAAACCGACUUUCCUGUACAAUCCUCUGAACAAGGAGAUAGACUGGGAUAGCCUGACAGUUAAAGCACCCGAAGAGGCUCCCAAGGAGUUUAAGCCAUGGGUCACAAAUGCUGUGCCACCUCCCCAAACGUAUACAGCAGCAGAGCCUGAGAAGAAGAAGGGCCCCCCUCCUGGCAUGGACAUGGCUAUAAAGUGGUCCAAUGUGUAUGAGGACAAUGGCGAGGAUGCACCAAAGGGUCACGCAGGCAAAGCCAAGUUCCUCCCGCCUGAGGAGCAGCUUAUUGACUCAGAUGAUGAGUCCAAGACGUCUGCUGUGUCCAUCAAAACACGUCGAGUGGAGAGCUUUCAACAGAAGGAGAAGAGGAAGAGAGACUUAGGACAAGCCACCUCUGACAAGAAUUUUGUAGAAGAGGAGAAAAGGAUCCUCAGACAGAAGAUUGAGUGAAGUCCAAAGUGGCGGUAAAAUGGAAUCAGUGUCAUAUUUGAACAUUUUACAUCAGCAAAGAGCAUUAGCACAACCUACUCAGGUAGGUAGCUGGGCUUCGUGUGCAUCUUUUCAGCAUUGUUGUUUUUUGUCUGUAAUUUAUGCCACACAUAAAAGCUGAUUUGUCAACACACAAACAUUUUCCAGAUGAUGAAUUUUUUUUUUUUUUGGGGGGGGCUAUGUUGAGAAAUAAGAUGGCACAUAAGGAAAAUGAAGGCAGAACGCAAUCAUAAUAAAAUAGUAUUUAGUUCUCUUUCUUGCUCAAUGAUUUCUCUGCAACGAGCCCAGAUUAUUUUUUAUAACACAUACUAUAGUGUAGAGAUGUACUUUAUGGGUAUUCUUAAUUUGUGAUGUGUUAUGCUCAAUUUCUGUCAGUCAUAUUGUGUUGUCAUAGUAACUUUCUAAUUAUAGACCUGUGCUGUCUACCUUUGGCACUAGGUGGCGCCUUUUUGCCACGCAACAAUCCACUGCCUUGGCGUUAGAAGUCUUGACACUACCAUGCUGUUACAAGUCGAUGUAAGGUAGUUGUUCUCAUCUUGGAUAUUUUACAACUAUGAUACUGUCUGCUCAAUGUUUUUCUUUCGUAUGCGCAGUUAAUAUGUUUGUGCAGAAGAAAUAAAGUGUAAAAUACUGAAAUUAUUAGAUUAUUGUGUGUGAUACAAAAAAAACCCUACAAUCCAUCUUGGUGUUAAAGUUUGUCAAUGAAUGGCUACUUGUCAAUAAACCAAAUGUGUUUUACUGGUUAAACAUUUCAUGCAGAAGAAGAAUAAAAAUGUCUCCACUUAGGAACAGUUUUGUGAUCACAGGUAUUCUUUGAGCCUUUCUGUCAUCAUGGGCAGACAUGAAAAAGCUGUAAAUAUGCUUCUGAUAAGAUUCCAGCUUCCAGGUAUGUGCCUGGCCUUGCCCGUAAUGCGCACCCGCAGACUGAUUGUAUCAACCAUAUCCAGACUAAAAUGACCAGAAAGGCGCAGACAUAACUGUUGAAAAAUUGCUCUUCAGCU